AUGCUGUUUCGUUUUAUCAUCUUCGUUUCACUUAUAUUUACGGCUAAUAGCAAACCAAUUUCGCCCCUGAAUAUAACCAAGGCUGUUAAGAAAACAACAGCUGUUGCAACUGAAACAACAACUCUAAAAACAACUACAGUAUUGAUUACAUCAGCAUCAACAACAACAACAACAACACUCGGGCAUUAUGAAGAGGAAGUUACAACAACAACAACAACAACAUCAUCCACAUUACCAACAGACACCAUUGAAGUGAAUAAAUCCUAUGAAUUUCAAUCGAAUUUCAGUCGUAAUAAUGAUGCAGUUUUCAUUUCUCUCAAUUCCAAUGCUUCAGAUUCGUUCGUCUCCAUAAAUAAUACAUUUACUCAUAGCCAAUAUGAUCACUAUCCAUGUGAAAUUUUAUUCAAUGAACAUUCAAACAAUGCAAAUCAAAUAUUAAAAACAACGGUCAUCAUUAAUUUCAAUCGAUCACUAACACGUGAUAUGGCUAUUCAGCUCGGUGAUCGAAUGCUUGAUAUCGUCGAUCUUUUAACGACAAUUCAAUCGAUAAAUCAUCAAAAUAUGACAGUUGAAACUGAUUCAUGA